AUGAACGCUUCCAUCCGGGCUGCAACAGUAGGACAAGGCAGUAGAACGAGGAGGCUGAAGCAGUCGGAUAUCGAGACGACCACACAGAAUCUAAGAGCGGAGAAACCAUCUAUCGAGGGGAUUCACAAUGAAAUGCCGUGGCAUUCCCUCCCGACACCACCAACAACACCCCCGGCUGCAAAGUCGCCGUCGCCAUCGCCAACAUCACCGCCAAUAGAGGAACCCAUAGAGGAACCCGAGACUUACGACCGGUACCUUCACGGCGCCAGCAUACAAUCCGCCGAGCUUCUCUGCGCCAAACCUCCAGUAUCCAGCGGCCCAGACGACUCCAUCCAGAGCUUCACUUUUACUUUCCGCGUGCCGCGCGACUACACCCAGAUCGCUCCGCCGUCACCAUGCAACUCCUACACGCUGCACGCCGAGCUCCUCCGCAGGUCCAGUCCGACGCCGGAGCUCACGGCGGCGCCCAUCUUUGUCUACCUCUGCGGCGGGCCGGGGUCAGGCCAGCAGCCGGACCGCCACCGGCUGCUGAACCGCUACGUCGUCGCCAACGGCUACCAGAUGCUGCUGCUCGACUACCGCGGCUGCGGGCGGAGCCAGCCCCUGACGGUCGACAGCGUGCUCGCGCGCACCAGCAGGAGUCGCCGCUGUGGCAGCGGCGGCAGCGGCAGCACCAGCAGCAACCACGAGGCCGUGCGGGCGUUCCAGGAGGUGAGGCAGGGCAACAUCGUGCGCGACUUCGAGGCCGUCCGCCGAUUCCUGGUCGACUACAUACCGGGCCAGCGCGACCUCGAGGACCGGUUCGUCCUCCUGGGCCAGAGCUACGGUGGCUGGAUCGCCCUGACCUACGCGGAUCGGUACCCCGGCAGCGUCAGAGCCGUGCUGCUGACAGGCGGGAUGCCGCCGCUCGGGGCGUCGCCGGAGCGCGUGUACGCGAGACUGUUUGACGAGGUGACCAGGGCGAACGAGCUCUUCUACGCGCGGUACCCGGACGCCGUGCAGGUGGUGCGGCGGAUCGCGACCGGGAUCCUGAGGGCGCAGGACGGGCGGGGCGUGAAGCGCAGGAGGGUCAGCAAGCGGCGCAAGGUGGAGGAGAGGUACGGGGCGGACGACAACGUGCCGAGCCUGGCGACGUUUGCCAGCAUGGGCCGCCUGCUCGGCGAGCCGGACGGGGCGCGCAAGCUGUACGAGCGCCUGGCGCUGAUGGACAAGCACAUGGCCGAGACGGGCGGCCCGCCGCGGUUCGAGGACAUGGACACGCACCGGUUCAACGACCGGCUGCCCUACGCCUUUGACCACGAGAUCCAGUGCUACGUGUCCACCGAGGGCCAGACGUCCAACUGGGCGGCCCGGACGGUGCGGGACAGCAACCCAGCCUACGACUGGAUCUCGAGCAGCACCGAGGACGAGCUGGCGGCGGCAGCGACGGCGACGGCGUCGUCGGCGUCGUCGUCAGGCCGCAUGCACUUUCUCGGCGAGGCCUUCAUGCCCGAGCACGCCGACGACUACGCGUCGCUCCGGGCGCUGGGCGGGCGUGCCUUUGCCGACGAGGUGGUCCGCGCCGGCCAGACCGAGACGCUGUUCGACAUGGACCGGCUGCGCGACAACGCCGUGCCCGUCUACGCCGUCAUAUACCGCAAGGACAUGUACGUGGACGCGGACCUGGCCGUCGAGGCGGCGGCCAAGGUCGGGUGCGUCAAGUGCGUCAGGCUGCCCGAGGCGUCGGAGCUGAGGCACAAUGCAAUACGCGAGAGCGCGGAUCAAGUGAUUGGCAUUUUCCGGGAUCUCGGGUUCGACGGGUUCCCGAGGGAUCCAGAGAUUUGA